GUCUUUCAUCCAUUGUUGGGAACUUGGGAUCCUCCGCAGCCAAAGAGUUGGAACUCCGAUCUCAUCUCAUCGCUAGGAAAUAGAGAGCAAUGGCGAUCAAGAAGAGGAUGGUUUCGGUCCCAGUUCUAUGGUGCUUGCUUUUCCUCACCACCAUCGUCCUCAUUCAGGCUAAAUCUAACAAGGAGGAUUUGAAGGAAGUGACAAACAAGGUUUUCUUUGACAUUGAGAUUGAUGGGAAGCCUGCUGGCCGAGUUGUUAUGGGUCUAUUUGGCAAGACAGUGCCGAAAACAGCGGAAAACUUCCGAGCUCUCUGCACAGGCGAGAAAGGCAUGGGGAAAAGUGGAAAGCCACUUCAUUACAAGGGAAGCUCAUUCCACCGAAUCAUCCCCAGCUUUAUGAUCCAGGGCGGGGACUUCACCCUCGGUGAUGGAAGAGGUGGAGAGUCUAUCUAUGGCCUUAAAUUUGCUGAUGAGAACUUCAAGAUCAAGCACACUGGACCAGGACUCCUUUCCAUGGCCAAUGCCGGAAAAGACACUAAUGGAUCACAAUUUUUCAUCACAACUGUGACAACCAGCUGGUUGGAUGGAAAACAUGUCGUCUUUGGAAAAGUAUUGUCAGGAAUGGAUGUGAUAUACAAGGUCGAAGCAGAAGGCCGACAGAACGGAACACCAAAGAGCAAGGUUGUGAUCGCUGACAGCGGCGAACUUCCUCUGUGAUGACAUUAAACACUUUGUGUAGGACGAAGCUUAGCUCUCUAUAGUUGCCUCUUUUCACUCAUGAGAACCUUAGUUUUACUGCAAACUGUUGAGAUGUUAUCUGACAGUCUUGUUACUUAAGUUUUGUGGCAAACAAUAAAAAAAUAAUCUGGUUUCAAGUGAUAUGA